AUGGUGGAAAUCGGGCUAUUCGCUACAGUAACGGGGCUCGUCAUGACUCUUAUAGCAUACACCAGAUCUCUCAGCCCGUCUGCAGAGUCGAUAGACCAAAUGAUCAUGUUUAACCUUAAAAUCUUCGGACCGCUGACGCUGAGUAUCGGGGGAGUGCUACUGUUACCUGGGUUCUGUAUCUGCGCGUUUACGGACUACAGGGACGUGGCGGGGCUGAGAUAUGACGGGAGCUCCACGCGAUCCCACUCGGGCCUGGAAGCGAGUUCUCCCGAAGGCGAGCCCGUGGCAAGGCCCGUUGGAGCGUUUAUGGCGGAGUACAGGGAAGCGAGUGGGACGUAUAGAUCGGGAAUGGUGCGGAGCGCCAGCAGCCCUGCUUCAAGCACGAGAGAAACCACGCCUCACGGUUCCCAUGACAACCUGAUCAGACACGCGCAUGCGCAGCAGCAGAGGGACCGGGGACACUUCUACCUGAUCUUCAACCACCACCCUCCGCCUCCCUACGCGGCCGUCACGGCGCAUGCGCGGAACGAUCACGUGAUGUGUGACGUCAGGAGCGAGGGCAGGACGCCCAGCACCAGCAGGAUGACGUCACGGGACCUGCCGCCAUCUUAUGAGGACGUCAUGAAGGUGCAUGCGCAAGUCAGACGGGUCGAAGACGUCUGA